AUGUGGUCAUUUGGAAGUACAUUAUUCCUGGUAGUAAUCUUUGUUCUUGACCACACUGUAUCUGCAGUAUUACCCCCAUCAUGCACAUUUGAUGAUGGCUGGUGUCAAUGGCGACCUCAGAACAGCGCACAAGGUUUCCAAUGGCAUCUCGGGAACGGGUCAACGCCAGAUAGAUCUUCCGGGCCAGUCGGGGACCACACAACAAAAUUCAGGAAUGGCAGUUACAUCUUUAUCAAGGGAAUAGAAGCCCACAGGAACAAAUCAAUCAAAGCUGUCGUAGAGGCGAACAUUGACGUAACUUCCGAUCUGCAAGUAUCCUUCUGGUAUUUUAUGAAUGGAGUUGGUAUUGGUAUAUUAACUUUAAAUAAAAUGGAGGGUGAUGGGUCAAAGACAGAACUUUGGAGAAAAGAAGGAAGGCAAAACCGAGGAUGGAAUCAAGCAACAAUUAGUUUACCUCGAGGAAGUUUUGUGCUAAGUUUUGAGGCAUCUGCGCGUUUAUUUUAUGGAAGUGACUUGGCUGUUGAUGACAUAGAAAUCACACCAAUCCAGACCACAACAAAUCCUCCUCCGUCAACAUUACCGCCUGCCAUGGAACUUCCGUUUCAUUGCGACUUUGAUUUUGAAUCCGGGCGGUGUGACUUGAAGCUUAUACCCUCUCUAGGAAAUACUGUUGGCUGGAAUAUAACUUCUGGAUCUGUUUUAUAUAAAGGCAGAACACUAGUAUCUGGCGACAUUUCUGGAAAAGGUAAAUACUUAAUUUUAAAUAACUGGAACUUGGGCGAAAAUGGUGACGCGGCACAAAUCAUCUCCCCUGUUUUUGAAAACACUGGCGCUGCCUGUUUGAGCUUUUACCUGUAUUUAGCAACAGCUACAAGUGGAACGCUAUCCGUCUACCAGAAAUUGCUUCCCUCAAUGGAACUUGUCUUGUUACAUGAAGCUUCAUAUAUAGAUCCGCCUGGCUGGAAGCUUUUGAUGUUUACCCUGAAGGGAUCUCCCUACUUUCAGAUUAUUAUGGAGGGUUCUUACGCAGAUUCGAGAUACUAUGGUUCCGUAAUAGGCGUUGAUGACGUCACAAUUCAAAAUGGAGAAUGUGUGCUUACUACGACUCCAACAGCAAAGACAACGUCACCAAAACCAUCAACAACAGUCUCAACAACACAGGUUGGUAUAUCAUCUACAUCGAAGAAAACACAAAGUUCAUCAACUCUCUCAUCGACGUCAUCGAACUUGGAUGUGUCGUCUCAAUAUUCCACUCGGACAUCUACAAUGACUACUAAACUAACAACAAAAGGUCAUACAUCUUCAUCUUACAAACCAGAUACAACAAUUAACCCUUCAGAACUAUCAUCAUUGGUAACAAAUUCUCAAAGAACAACGAAAUCGUCAUCACAUCAACCAUGGCUUUCAUCAAUUCAGACUUCUAAAUCAUCUACUUUGUCAUCAAGUGUGGCAACAACAGAAAAGGAGGCUGUCUUCAUUUCAUCAAAAUCCUCAUCUCCAUCAUCACUUCAAACAUACAUUCCAUCAAUGACAAAUUCAUCGUUAUCUAGCAAACAAACAACUACUCUCUUGACAACGAAACCUACAAGUAACACAUCUGUCACCAUGACAAGGAUAUCAUCACGUUCACCGUCAGUCACAUCCAACAUGGCAAAGCCAACAUCACAAAAAUCAAAUUCAUCAACUUCAUCGCCACCAUCAACAGGUUCUACAUCUGUAAUUCUAUCAACACUUAUAACGGAUGUCUCAACAUUUACUUUCCAGUCAUCCAUGUCGUCGAUUACAACGGGGAAGUCCGAAAGGAGCACAUUAGGAAAACACACCACGCAACAUACAUCAUCGUCAACGUCUGAUAUCCCGGGAAUGAAAACUUUGACUGGUUCACAUACAACCAGUUCAACAACAUCUUCACUUCCUGCUUCAACAAACGAAGCGAAAUUAGCGGGAAGAGAGACUACAGCCAUUGUUCUUGGCGUUUGCAUACAUGUACCUAUCAUAGCAUUAGUAAUAUUGUCGGUUAUUGUGCUUAUAUGUAAAAAGGACCAUUCAAUACAUAAAUCAGCGCAAAUCAAGUCAAAAGUUGGUCCUUACAAAGUAGAAAAAUGUGCUAAUGCUGACACUAUUGAAUUAGAUGAUCAUGUUUCUAUAAAGGGUUUUCGAAAGUUAGAAACAUGA